AUGCAUGUCCCAGGUCCACGCCUGUUGCACAAAGUUAUUAGGGAAGGAAAUUUCAAUGAAGUGCUGAAGGUUUUGGACAAGGGAGUCGACAUUGAAGCGAGGGAUGCUGAAGGCCAAACACCUCUCCACGUGGCUGCAAGGCUAGGCCAUGAACGUAUUGUCGACGUCCUUCUUAACAAAGGCGCAAAGGCUGAAGCACGUGACACUUGGGGCGAAUGGACUGCUCUUCACCAUGCCGUUUGGGGAGGUGGAACGGGAGCGGUAAAGCGUUUGCUGGACCAUUCGGUUGACAAAGAUGCACAGGACAAGGAAGGUCAAACGCCUCUCCAUCUCGGAGCAAUGCUUGGACGCAUUGUGGAAGUCAUAAUGCUACUGGAAUCUGGAGCCAAUCACGACGCACGGGAUCAGAAAUUCUUUACCCCGCUGCACUGCGCAGCAGCAUUCGGCACAGUUGAGCUUGCACAAGUUUUGCUGCAAAGAGGAGCCGACAAGACUGCCAAGACCAAGGAUGGGAAGACACCAUUGCAAAUAGCCGAGUCCAACAAGCGCCAUGACGUCGUCCAAAUGUUCCAUCGUUACGGAUCGAAGCGCUCGAGUCAGGUGCAUGCCGCUGCCAUUCAAGGAACUAUUAGCCAAGUGGAGAUAAUGAAGCGAGCUGAGAAUUCUGUGGGAAAAGCAUAUGAUGAGAUUGCUGUCCGAGAAGCAUCAGGGAGGAUUGAAAAACUCGAAGCAUCUCUACAAGAUUCACAAAAGAAGGCUGUAGCUGAAGAAAAGAAAAGACUUGAAGUCGAGGCGAAGGUUGUUAUUGAAACAAACAAGCGGAAAGAGGCCGAAGCGAGAGCCUUGGAUGAGGAGAAGAAACGGAAGGAUGCAGAGGCACGGAAGAGGGUUCUUGAAAAGCAAAUGGCUGACGCUAUGCACACUGCAAGUGAAGGGGAACAGCUGAGACAAGAGAUGGAAAACCAGCUUGACUCUGAGAUGUCUCUCCGGAUCAAUGCCGAGAAGAAAGUUGUUGAACUUCAACGGAGGCUGGAGCUGGUGGAGUGCCAGCUGCAUGAGGCUGCACAUUUGAGACGCAUGGCAGAAGUCAAGGCGAAGGAAGAAGAAGAGAAGCGGCAGAAGCUUGAGGCAGCAUUCAAUGAGGUUGAGCGAACGCAUAAGGAGUACAAUGUGAAAGUGAAGGCUGAUCAGGAUGUUUUGAAGGGCAUGACCUUGAAGCUUGAGGAGUCGGAAAACAAGCGAUUGGAGCUGGAGCUGAAGUUGAAAGAGGAAGCUGAAAGGUGCCGCAAGAUGGAAGCAUUCAAUCGCCAAGAACUGAAGCUUAGAAAGGAAGAGGAAAAAAUGCGAAGAGAGUUCCAGGCCAAGCUUCAGGAGGAAGGAAAGAAGCGAUCUCUGGCAGAGCUCAGAAGUGGAGAUGAAGCGAAGAAGCGGGCUCGAGCUGAGAUUAAGGCUCUGGCGGAAGAGGGCAAGGUGCACGAGCUGGAGGCGAAGCUUGGUGAAAUGCUGGCCAGGAACAAGGAGCUGGAGAAGAAACUUGCCAGUCCCCUAGACUGCCUUAACAAGAAGGAUCUGCAGUGUGAAAAUGCCGGUACAGUGCUUGGGGAGCAAAGGUCAGAGAAACCCCAACAGAGGAAGGAUGCUGAAGAGACUGAGACGGUGAAGGAGGGUGAGAAAGAAAACCUGAAAGCAGAUUCCUUGGCUGCUGAUGGCAAUGGUGCUGCAGUGGCUGAAGUGUUGUCCCAGGGGUCUGAAGUCAGCUCUCAAUGCGAAGAACUGCUGAGGCUGAGGGAGUUGGUGAAGGUGCAGGAGUGCCAGCUAGAUGAGUCAAAGGAGGUGAUCAAGACUCUUAUGUCUGCAGCUGAGAUGGGAAGCUCAAUGAGGACAUCACGGGCUUCGAAUGACCCUAUUUCCCAUACCAGAUUAUCUGCAGCAGAACCUCCUGCUGGCUCCACAAGUGAAGCUGAUGAGGAACAGGGAAGUGCAAAGGAGUCAGAGAACGAGCAGCAGCCCUUGUACCCAUCAGAUCUUGAAGUUUUGAGGUCUGAGAACGCCUCUGUUCAGUCUGCACUGCAGAAUAUGUCCGCGAAG